UAUCAUUUGCUUUGUCAUUUACAUGAAGUAAGUGUAGAACAUCGGUCUGAUUCUCUCACACGUCUCUUCGUUUAUCAUGGGUCUCAGUAGUGCUGAGAAGGAGGGCUGCCGGCAAAUGCUGUUCCUGAUGGAAGUGUCUGAUUUAUUGGCCCUGUACAAGACUGUUAGCAAAACCGAAACACCGGUCCGUGUCAAAGCAGAAAUAAUAGAGAAGAUCAUACAAGAGAGUAAUAAUGCUGAAGAGCUCUUGCACCGGAAAAGGGUUUACCGACACAUUAUUGUUCAGUACCUGAAUAACCAGCAUAUUUUUAUUUAUGCUAAUAGCACAAAGGAAAAGGCCAUAGAAACAGUGCUUCAUCUCUGGAGAAAAUCAGACACUUCCGUGAACGUGGAAUGUAAUACCGCAGCCUCUGGUAGUGCUGUAGCCCAGCUGUCCAUUCAAAUCAAUGGUUUAUCCAUACAAAACAGUCAGGAAGAUAGCAACCCAGUAGACAAAGCAUGGUUGCUUGCAGCAGGGGAUGCUCAGGUUUACCAGAAUGAUGCAGCUGGUAUAUCACUUUCAAACGUGUACAAAGCUGCUCCAAGAAGGACUCCUCAAAAAAGUAAAGCUGUCCCCCGUGCUGCAGCAUAUGUACCUUCUAUGACAACCUUUACUACUCAGACUACCGACAGCAAUGCAUUUGCUCUGCUUUACGCUUCUACCUCUGGAACCAAGCCGAAAGUGAAACCCGCACCAAGAAAAUCUCAGUCUACUACAGUUUCAGUCACUGUGUCAGUCACCUCACAACAAAACAGCAAUGGACUUUCCUAUGCUACAAAAGGGCCCAGGAAACAAAAACAAUGAAGGAGGCCAAUAUGUCUGCAGUCAUUGAGGUUGUGAAGAAUAUAAUAUAACAUUCCUAAACAUGGGCACCUAGUCUGUAACCCUAAGAACAAUGUUCAUGUAAUUUCUUGCCAUUCUUUUUACUUAUGUUUAUUGGUUUACCCUUGGAAGGGCGCCUGAUAUCCUUUAACCACUUGCUUACUGGGCACUUAAACCCCCCUCCUGCCCAGACCAAUUUUCAGCUUUCAGCGCUC